GUUUCCUGGUACCAGGAAGACUUGAGCAGCAGCAGCAGCGUACUGGACCGGUUUGAGCUGUUACAUUGUUUUUGUAGUUCAGACUUGUAAAAUACCUGUUAGAAUGGUCGGGUUUACUGAAAAUAAAUUCAAACCAGUUUUUUUCUUUGGACAGAUAGAUCUUUGACGAUGGAGAUGUCCUCCCCCCGCCCUCUCUCCAAUAAUCUUAUUAUGCAUUGAACCAUAAGUAUAUUCUCCAUUGGUUCAUGCCUGCAUUCACAUUUUCACUUGGUGAUUGGAUGCAGCCUGUUUGUCUUAUUUUCCUUUUAAAAAUAUCCAAACUUUCAUUUUUCCCAGCGGAGUCAUUGCUUGGAUUAAAGCUGUGUUUCUGCCAUGGACGGUGAAGCUUCUGUUGAAGAGAAGAAUGGCGGAGAUGCUGCUCCGGACAAAGUUAAGAAAGAACCAGCAGCAACAACGCCACACAGAUAUACCAAGGAGGAGCUUCUUAACAUAAAAGAGCUACCAAUCUCCAAUGAAAGGCCAGCCUGUCUUUCACAGAAAUAUGACAGUGAUGGCGUCUGGGACCCUGAAAAGUGGCACGCUUCGCUGUAUCCCACAUCGGGGCGUAAUUCUCCAAUGGAAAGCUUUAAGAAGGAAUAUUUGGAGGAUAGAGUUCCACUGAAACGAAGGAUCCCAGAUCCUCGUGAGAGGUUAAAGGAUGACGACCUGGAUGUUAUCCUGAGCCCGCAGCGUCGCAGCUUCGGAGGUGGAUGCCAAGGCAACGCUGCGCCCACACUUCACCAUUCCCGACCCAUGAGCCCACUUGAAAAUAAGGAGAAUGAGACUCUCCGUUUAGGAGGGACGCGAAGAAUUGGAAGUGGUCGCAUCAUUUCUGCACGGGCCUUUGAGAGAGAAGCCCGGCUUGAGAAGGAGAGGGAACGGGAUGUCAGAGACUUCAAAGACAAAAGAUUCAGGAGAGAUUUUGGAGAUAAACGGGUAUUUAGUGAACGGAGAAGGAAUGACUCUUAUGCAGAGGAGGAGCCCGAGUGGUUCUCUGGUGGUCCUACGAGCCAGUCGGAGACGAUUGAGCUAAUUGGAUUUGAUGAUAAAAUACUGGAAGAUGACAGACGGAGGUCCAGGCGCUCAAGGAAGAGGACGGAGUCUGUGAAAGAAGAGUGUAAUGGUCAGAUAGAGGAGCAAAAUGUGAGUCUGCGAUCUACAGCCGAUCAGGAAGUUCCCCACCCUGAUGUCCUGCCAGAGCAGUCUACUGGUGAUUUUGACUUCAAUGAAUUUUUCAAUCUGGAAAAGACCAUGCCAGGAUUGGCGUCUAUGAUAGAGGAUGUUUUAGGGGAAGGCCCUGUAUCAGCAAGCCGCUUCAGUCAAUGGUUCUCCAGUAACUUGAGCCCUUCAGGCAGCCGCUCCAGCAGUCUGAGGUCCACUCCCCACGAGGAACUGGAAAAACUAGCAGGGCUUGAAGCCCUUGGCACACCCUCUGGCCAAGUUCCUGCACCAUUCUUCACACCCAUUCAAUCGGAGUGCAAAGAGAAGGUGGACAUACUGGAGCUGCUGCACAAGGCCAAAGUAGACCUGAAGCCUCUUCUCUCCAACCUUUCGCUCAACAAGGCUCGCCUACGGGAAAACACUCAUUCUGGAGCAGUACUGUCCCUGGAGGAGGUGGAGGGUGGAAUGAAGGGCAUGAAACUGGGCUCAGAACCACAAAUGCAAAAGGUAGUGCCUCCACAGAGAGGGAAUGGGACUCCCUUCAUGGCUGAGCACUUAGAAGAGGCUUUAACGGGUGGUCCGAGUGCUCGUCCACGGUCGCGUGACACAGACAUGUCAGCCUUUAAUAAACUGGUUAGCAGCAUGAAGGCAAGUGGAACUCUGCCAACUCUCCCUAAAACCAACUCAAACAAUCAACCUUUAGACCAAUCUAUGGUGGCACUGACUGAAGUUCCAAUGCCUCCUCAGCAACCGAAAAAUAUAUUCCAGGAACUCUUAGGAGGGCCUGCUCGUAGUCGCUCCCCAGGGCUACUCGGGAACCUUUUGAGCAACUCUGAGGUCUCCCUUGCGCCCAACUCUGUACAUGGCCUGCUGCACAAGGGUCCCUCGCCACCGCUCUUCCCUCAGAGGUCACUCUCACCAGACUACUUUAACAGUCACUUGCAACAUUCAGCAGGCUUUCCUGUUGGUGCUCAGCCCAUGAUAGGGGAACCGUAUGGUGAUGUUCAUAGGUCUAUGAGCCCAGCGUCUGCACCCCAGCACCAGAUGAGGCCGCUCUCAAUUCCUGUGAACCGCGCAGAUCUCGAAGCCUUAGCAUUUCAACAGGACCUUGCACUGCAUGCCCAUCACCAGUUCCCAUCUGGCUACAACAGGAUACAACAGGACAAAUCUUUUCGAAAUCGUCCACAGCGUGUUAACCGCUCCCCCGGUCCAGGCCCCCAGCUUGCUGGAAGAAACUCACCAGGCGGUGCUGUCACCAGUAUGUUGUCUCCAUCAUUUACACCUACGUCAGUUAUCCGCAAAAUGUAUGCAACAAAAGAGAAAAGCAAAGAUGAUCCAUCAAGUCGAUCAGAGACCAAAGAUGACUCAACUGCACACACUCAAGAUGAGAACAACUCCCCUACCUUACACAUGGAAGCGAUUGAAGGGAAUGGCACCCAGUCUGGUGGCGUAAAGUCCAGCUCUAAGUCCUUGCCAAGUAAAGACCAGGAGCGUCUCAGGCCACAUUCUACCGGACAUCAUACAGCUACCACAGCACCGCCAGGACCGCUCUCAACUUUCCCACGUUCUGUCUACCCAGUACCGCUGCUUUCCCACGUACCAAUGGUGCGCCCUCCUCCACAGCUCCACCCUAAUGUGGUUCAACGAAUGUUUGCACAGGGAAUCCAACCCCAGCAGCUUGGUCCAGCCCUGGUCCAAGCAGGUUUAUACCCGCAACAUGUUGACCUAUCACAACUUCAAGGCUUGCCCCCUGCAAUUCUGGGCCAAACACUGUACCCGCUGAGUGCAUCAUCUGGGCAUCCGCUUCUACCUCCCAGAGCAAACAGUCAGAUGCAACUUGCAAUGAUGCAGCAGCAACUUCAACAGCGACAAAUACAUCACAGCAGCCCAGGUCCACAGUCUCAGAGUCAAGGCCUUCACCGGAUGAAUGGACCCCAGCAACACGAUAGAAGUCCCCCUCCAGGCCUGGCCAAGUGGUUUGGAUCCGACGUGCUGGAUCAACAACUCCCCUCCAUGCCGGCCAAGGUCAUAAGUGUAGAUGAAUUGGAGUUCCGGCCUUGAAGGACUUAACGCUGAGGUGGACGGAAAAAAUAUAUUUUCCCCUUUCUCUUCCCGAUUGAUUGCAUUUAAAUGUGAACUUUAAUUUGAAGCCACAGCACACACCUGGACAGUAUUUUUUUGACUCCAACCUCAGUGAAAGCUCUUACAGAAUAUAUAAACUGGGCAUUGGAGAUUUGUUUACUGCAGCUGUUUUUUUUGUUUUUUUUCCUCUCCCCCUGGGGGGCGGGGGGGGGGUCCCUUCUUUUUGUAUUAGACUCGAAGUAAAUUUGGGAGUAAGUUAUGUAUAUUCAUGAUUGUACAGAUGGGAACUUACCGUUAGUCCCCUGUAUAUAGCGAUUGUUUUUCUAGGUAUAGGGGAGGGUGAAACUUAUCAUGAAGUUUAAAUGCUGUUAGUCACUAAAAGCGUGUAGCACUCUUUUGUAGACUUUAGAUUUCCUCGACUGCACUGAGAGCUACAGCAAGCGAAGGAGGGGUGGUUGCUUGUGUUGUCUUUGCUUGCCGGUGGCUCGCUUCUGUAGAUGUGACAAGCAGGAUCAUUACAAGACUGCUCCAAGGGACUGCUGGUUGUGCCUUCUGUGUAUUUUUUUUUUUUUUUUUUCCCCUUUUGUUUUCCUUUGGAAAUGUAUCCUCUCCCAUCCAAGCUGCCACAAGAGGCACUCAGAAUUUCUGGAAGUGUCUGGAUUUUUUUUUUUUGUGUGCUAUUAAGUUAUAAAGCACAAAUACAAUAAAUUGGUGACAAACAAGUAGUAUUUAUAGUAUUUUUGUACAGUAUACCUUCACCAUUGACAGGAAAAUGUAUAAAUAUGCAGGAGAGGUGUGAUUUUUUUUUUUUUUUUUUUAAACAC